GUUACUCUGCCCACACUGCCACAUGUUCGGUUGCUGUGUGAAGCCUAAGAAUCAGCACACGUACUUCUUUCCCAAACCGACACUUGUUUACAACCUUCCCAACUCCCCGAACGUUUUUGGAGACCACCGUUCCAAAUUCUCUUCACGGUUCAGAAGAACCCGUAUAGAAACUCGAACCACCGUUUCUGCUCUGUUUUCAACAAUGGCGAAGAUGGUCGUCUCGUCUUUAGGAGUUCACAAGAAGAACCCUAUGAAGCGAACCAAGAAGAAAAGACUGUUGGAGAAAGUUGUAGACUAUCUGAAAUCGGACUCUUACUUGUUCGCGCCUCUAUUAUCUUCUUCUCCAACCAAGACGAUCUCUGCUACUCAAUCAGGAAUUGAGAUAAAGAAACCCUUUGAGGAAGAAAACAAGAAUUUGCUUAUUAAGGUUGGAGAGUAUCUGAAAUCUGAUUGUUACAUGUAUGCACCGUUGAUUGUUCCUCAACCAGCCUUUUCUACAGCUACUAUAUCUGUCAGUCAUCUUCGUAGAGGAGCAUUUCAAUUGUUAUAAAUGAAAGCAUGGAAUUCACAGAUAAACCAAGCACAUCUGAAGACUAUCCAAAUUUUUUCAAACGAGUUUCUGAACCCAGAAAGGCAGCCACUGAGAAAACAAAGCAUCCAGCCCAAGAGACAGGACGUAAAAGCAGAGAAGACCAACAAACAGAUGGAUAUCCUCCAGCUAGGAGGACCGUGGUUAGACGAGGGAAACGGUGAAGCACGUGGUUCAGCAGAAUUGUCGCCCUUCUUCCACUUCAGGUUAUUCUUCCCUGCAUGUGGUAACUCUUGUUUGCUCUUUCUGACUCGGUGGAUGGUUUCUUUAAAUAUUAUCCGCUAAUGGGAUUAAGUUCCCAGGGAAUAAAUGCACUGCAAUACAACCCUGUUUUCUUUUUCAAAUUGUAUAACCCUGAGGUCAAAAUUUCACUUUUUUGGGUGAAAUUUUUGGAUGAUGCAUGGGGGGGGCGGGGUUUGAGACUUAUUUGUUUUGUUUCUGGUCAUAGGAAAAGGGUUGCUCGAGACAGAGCCAGGGAAGCUUGUCGUGGAAUGACCUGUUUUGUUUGGAAUGCUUAUUGGCUCUUCGGUUAGGUAAAGUGACCGGACAUGAGAGACAGUUGUAUAUGAUUGUGAAUUUGGUAGUUUGUAGCAGCAUUUUUCUUGUUGUAACUAGUUAUCUUGUAUAAUUUGGGGGGGAAAGGGAGAGUAAAAACUGGCAUGAUUGUUGCUUCUGGUCUAGGAUUCAUGUGGCUCGACAUUAAAUCGUUGUCCCGUUUUAUUGAGUUGAGUGAAGUCUGUAUAUGAACCAAUGGAGUUAGUUUUGAAGUUUAGUCCAUAUUUAUGGUGUUUACAGUACAUAAAUAAUGAAGAGAUGGGGUAUGAGUGGGAAGGUCAAAUGAUUGUUGAUAUAGACAGGAAAAGAAAU